AUGCCGGCUCGUCGUCAUCUUCUCCUCCUGACGUGCGGCUAUUUAUACUCGUCUGUUGCCCUAGCUAGCUCUAUCGAUGCCGACCAACUCAUUCCCAGCGCUGACGCGACCGGCGAAAUGAAGAUUGCCCACCUCCAGACCCUGCUCGCCUUCACUCCAGCCGUUCUAGGCAAUUGGCCCGAGGCAGAGGGCAAGGCGAUCAAAUACUCAUCCAUCCCCGGGUAUUUCCUCCAGGAUGACCCUACCACCGACCCAUCCAAGUUUGACUAUGCCGAGCAUAACUUUGGUCUCAUUGAGAGGUCAUACCCUACCGAUCAAAGCUUCAACCGCGAUGGCUCCAAGACUGAAUGGCAACGUUUCGCUCGCUGGGUGACAUAUCUCAACAACAACUGUCGUAAAAAUAGCAGCGUCAGAUACAAGGUUCUUGUCAUGGGCCGCCACGGGCAGGGUUACCACAACGCCGCCGAGAGCUACUACGGAACUCCCGCCUGGAACUGCUACUGGGCCGAGCUCGACGGCAAUGGCACGUCCGUUUGGGCUGACCCCAAGCUCACGCCCCAAGGCGCGAGUGAAGCCGCCAAAGCCAACGCCUAUUACAAGACGCGCUUCGAGGAGCACGGCAUGCCCUACUUUGAGUCGUACUACAGCUCGCCCCUCACGCGCUGCAUCCAGACCGCUCAGGGUACCUUUGCCAACCUCUCCCUGCCGGCCGCGCACCCUUUUACGCCCGUCAUCAAGGAGCUGUUUCGCGAGUCCAUCAGCAUCCACACCUGCGACCACCGCUCGAAUAAGACGUAUAUUCGCAGUAUCGCUCCCCAAUUUACCUUUGAAGACGGAUUCACCGAGGAGGACGAGCUGUGGCGCGGCAAGCAAGGCCAGGGCGAGACCAGCGACGGACAAAAGUCACGCAACAAGGUCGUCCUCGAUGACGUCUUUACGAAUGAUGGAAACACGUGGAUCAGCAUCAGCAGUCACUCGGGUGAGAUUGCUAGCCUCUUGAGUGUGCUGAAUCACAGAAAAUUCAGUCUGCAGACGGGCCAGAUUAUCCCGGUACUUGUCAAGGCCGAGAUCGUCGAUCCCCCCACAACUACGUUGAGUAUUGUCUCCUACACCCCGGAGGCGACUUGCAACUCGCCGCCUAUCACGAGCAUUUCUGGUCAGGGUUGUAUCUGCACCACCUCGGCCACUCCCACCCCACCGUAA